AUGGUUGUUAAGGGUAGCUUAUCAGCAGCAGUUCAUGUUUACAGCAUAGAUGCAGGACUUUGUGUAACUUUGCACGAGAAGACUGUGGACAGUUUCGACGAUGCUAUAUUGCUAUUGAGGUGCGCCCACAACAGUAUCAUUGGCGACAACCCCGACAUCACGCGCUACGACGCCGACAGGAUCAUGGCCAGCAGCAUGCUGCUGCUGCCCGACCUCACGCGCCGCAGGAAGGACGACGACCCCGACAGCGGCGUCAUGGCCACGGCUGCCCUGGUGCAGCAGGCUGCUGCCGCCGCGGCGCCGCCGCCACCGCCGAGGGACGGAAGCCAGCACCAGCACCACCACGACGUGCUCUCCGGCGAGGCCUGCUUCUCCGUGCUGCACGACCUGGUGGCCACCGCCGCGGACGGCGGCCACCACAGCCACGCGGCGCAACACGUUCCCGUGUCCAGCGCAUCGUCGUCGCUGCUCACCAGCAUCGGCAACGGCAACUACCACAAGGGCUGCCCCGACCGCGGCCUGUCCAUGCUCUUCUCCAAGCCGCCGCCGGCACACGCCGCCAAGCUGGUCAGCCCGCUCGGCUCUUGGGCGUCCACGGCGGCGUCGGCCAGGGCCGCCGUCUCCAUCGCGCACAUGCCCGUGUUCAACGCCUGACAGGCCGUAUCAGUCGAUCGAUCCACGAUCGAGUCACAUGUCCAUCUCUCUCUCGACUCGUUGUUGGACUUCUUCAG